AUGGGGAAACUAGCCAACCAUCUAUGCUGUCAAAUCGAGCAAGUGGCUAGGGAAAUCAUUGUCGGACACCUGUGUACUAACUACAGGUACACGCAAAUACGUAAAGGCAACCAAGAACGAGGAAACUUAGCUAACCACCUGUGCAGUCAAAUCGGGCAGGCAACCGGGAACGAGGAAACUGUUCAACCACCUGUGCAGCAACCGGGAAGGAGGAAACUAGUCAACCACCUGUGCAGUCAAAUCGGGCAAGUGGCUAGGGAAAUCAUUGUCGGACACCUGUGUACUAAGUACAAGUACACACAAAUAUAUCUAAAGGCAACCAGGAAUGGGAAAACUGGGCAACCACCUGUGCAGUCAAAUCGGGCAGGUGGCUGGGGAAAUCAUUGUCGUACAACUAACUCUGAUCUAAGCAUAGGUACACGAAAAUAUUUAAAGGCAACCGAGAACGAGGAAACUAGUCAACCACCUGUGCAGUCAAAUCGGGCAGGUGGCUAG